AAUAAGUAAAUAAUUAAUGGACAUCAAUAUUACGUUGGUUUUGCAAUGGGAAUACAAAGGAAUAUGUAUAAAAAUUCAAAGGAUUUAUUUUCUCUGUUAGAGGUAUAUAAUCCCCACCCGACCUGGAUUUCAAAGGAUAAAGAGAAACAAGAUCAGUUGAAUGAACUGUUAAACAACUACAGUAGUAAUGGAUUACCUCCCUUUCCUUCCCUCGUACAGUUCGAGCACUCGCAGUUUGACGACUCUGUAUUCAGUAUAGACGCAGACUGGAGGUCUAUUGUAGACAACUCGCAGCAUUUAACAAAGAGACAGCAAGAUCAACAAGAGGCUAUAUGGGAGCUACUUCAUACAGAAAUACAAUAUAUACGCUCUAUACGGGUUAUAUCUGAUUUAUUCUUGUGUGUUUUGUUGAAUCUACAAAAUGAACUUCUAUUAAAUGAGGUAAGUUUUUGUAUAGUUGUCUUGAAAAUUGAGUCCCCCUGCUUAGCCAAAUAAGAAGAGUAUUGGAUUUGCAAUCCAGAGGUCGUUGGUUU